GGGCGGACCCGCGGCGGGCCGGUCGGGCGGGCGCCGACAAUGAGCCUCCAUAAAAGGGAGCGGCGGGGGCCUGGGGCCCCGGAUUGAGCCCUCCCCGCCCGGGGUCCCGACGCGCUCGGUCUCGGGGAGGCCCGGACGCGUCCGUCGCAGGCCGGGCGGUGAGCGGCGGGCGGCGGGGAGGGGGCAGCGCGGAGCGGGAGGCGGCCCCCGGCUGCGCGCCCGGCCUCCGGCGUCCGGUCACCGCGAUUCCCACCCCCUCCCGGCCGCACCAUGGCCCUGAAGGCCGAGGGCGCCGCGCUCGACUGCUUCGAGGUGACGCUCAAAUGCGAGGAAGGGGAGGACGAGGAGGAGGCCAUGGUGGUGGCCGUAAUUCCGCGGCCCGAGCCGAUGCUCAGAGUGGCCCAGCAGGAAAAGACCCCGCCACCUAGGCCCAACCUGCUGGAGGCGGGCGGCGACGGCUGUGAGGAGCCCAGGCAGCAGGUGUCUUGGGAACAGGAGUUCCUGGUGGGAAACAGCCCAGGCGGCAGCGGGCGGGCACUGUGCAUGGUGUGUGGGGCCGAGAUCCGGUCCCCCUCCGCGGACACGGCGCGCAUGCACAUUCUGGAGCAGCACCCUCACACCCUGGACCUGAGCCCUUCGGAGAAGAGCAACAUCCUGGAGGCCUGGAGUGAGGGGGUGGCCCUUUUGCAAGACGUCAGAGCUGAGCAGCCUUCUUCACCCGUCUCAGACUCGGGCCAGGAUGUCGAAGCUGACCCAGACUCUGACCCGGACCCUGCCAAAAUGCCAGCGGAGAUUGUCGUCCUCCUGGACUCUGAGGACAACGCAUCUCUCCCGAAAAGGAGCCGGCCCAGGGGACUCCGCCCCCUCGAGUUUCCUGCUGCCCCCGCCUCAGAGCCAGGAAACAAGAAGCCCCGUGGUCAGAGAUGGAAGGAGCCUCCUGGGGAAGAGCCAGUUAGAAAGAAAAGAGGCAGACCCAUGACCAAAAACUUGGACCUGGACCCAGACCCUGACCCAGACCCCCCAUCACCCGACUCGCCCACGGAGACUUUUGCGGCUCCCGCUGAGGUCCGGCACUUCACCGACGGCAGCUUCCCCCCUGGCUUCGUCCUCCAGCUCUUCUCCCACACCCAGCUCAGGGCCUCAGACAGCAAGGACUCACCCAGAGAGGGGAGAGCUGCUGAAGGGGGCCUUCCCCAGCCGGAAAGCCCCUCUCCAGCUCCCCCUCCGGGGCUUCGCGGGACACUGGAUCUCCAGGUUAUCCGCGUACGGAUGGAGGAGCCCCCGGCAGUCAGCCUCCUGCAAGACUGGUCCAAGCACCCCCAGGGCGCCAAGGGUGUGGGAGCAGGUGACACCCCAAACUGGCCUACGGUUCUGUCGGAAUCCAGCACCGCUGUCGGGGGGCAGCCAGAGGCAGGGAGUGGUGUAUAGGUUCUUGCUUUCCUGGGGAGGGGGGGAGGGAAGAGGCAGGGUCCCCCUUUGGCUUAUCACUCAGAGCUGCCCAGCUCGGCCACCUGAUGGAGAGAGUAAAACUGGGUGCCAAGGCAGGCUGGAGGAGAGGAAGGGGGUGGGCAGCAUCCACUGUCACUCGGGGGCAUUGGCAGACGCUCCCGGCAAGGCAUGGGGCCGGGCCCUGAGAUGGGCAGGCUGGCCUGAGGGCAGUCGUGCGGUAGGGCAUUGGGCCUGUGGAGAACACCUACCCCAAUCCUUUUGCUGACCCAGACCUCUCCGUCCCCCCUCUCAGCCCCCACCAUUCUCCCUUGGCACAGUGCCUUACACAAGAGGUGGUCAUGAUGGGGUUUGAACUGAGUCCCACUACCUCGGGGGACGCCUCUCCUCCCCCACCCGUUCAGGCUCCUAAACCAGGAGGCCUCCAUUACCUCUUCCCGUUCCAUCCCUGCAGGAGGCCCAAGCAGCCCACCUGGGGGCUUUUGUUCACUCCCUUCUUUCACCUGUUUUCCUGUUGUAUAUAUCUCCUUUGUUGACAAUAAAUUAUUUUUUUUUAUUAAGAGA